GAAAAGGCGUUCAGAAAGAGAGCGUUUCCAGCAGAAGUAUAGCUAGAGCAAGCGAGAGAACUUGGUUGCGUUAAGAAAUUACAGCAGGUGGUUUUGAAGAGCAUGUUGAGAGCGUCUGUCUCGCCGUGUUUGUUUGAGAUUUACUGUUCGUGAACAAACUGAAUGUUGUUAUGUUUCUGUGAGAGGAUGAUGAUAGCUUCAUGAUAUUGGGUAGCCCCGUUUUUGCCCUUUGAAACACACUCGCCUCUGCAUGUAAGGCAAAACGUCUGAAUUUGAAAUGCAGCCCGAAUUGGAAGACGCCUACGUCCCCAACAGUUUUGUGUCUUGUGAAUCAAAGCAGGCUUGCCUACUGUGGUUUUGAAUUUUUGCAGUUCUCAAGGUGGACACCUCUGACGGAGCUUGGCAGCAAGUGGAUAUAUCAUUACACUUGAACCUGAAAGGCACUGCUGGGCACUUGGACAAUGGCAUCUGAAGCGCCGCUGCCACCGACGGCUGUCCUAGGGCUGGGUCACUUGGGCGCCAAAGUUGCCGAGCGCCUCGUCAAUGAGAAGUUUCCGGUGGCGGUAUGGAACAGGAGCACAGAGAAAGCGAAGUACCUGGGGGAGAUGGGGGCAAAGGUCGCACAAAUUCCGGCUGAAGCGCUCUCCCAGUCCGAGAUCAUCAUCCUCAUGCUGGUCGACGCGGCAGCCAUACGGCAGACGCUGUUGUCCGACGAGAGCCAAAAGCAUCUGAACAAAAAAACCAUUGUUCAGAUGGGCACGAUCAGCGCCGGGGAGAGCCGCGAGCUGGAGGCGACCGUGACGAAGCUUGGGGCGCGAUGGGUUGAAGCACCGGUGCAAGGCUCCAAAGCCGAGGCGCUCGCGGGCACGCUGCAGGUCAUGAUCGGAGCGGAAACGGAACCGGAACCGGAAUCAGCCAUUGGGCGGGUGCUCGCAGCUCUGGGGUCCGUCGAGUACUUUGGCAAAGUGGGCGCGGCGUCGACUGUGAAGCUGGCGAUCAACCAUCUGCUGAUCGCAGAGACGGCGGCGUUUUCGGCGUCGCUAGGACUGGUGCGCGCGAAUGGCGUGGACGUGUCGAGGUUCAUGGACACGCUCCGUGGCAGCGCGCUGUAUGCGAAGCAGUUCGACAAGAAGCUGCAAAAGAUGAUGGACCGGAUCCACAGCAACCCCAACUCCACCACCCGGCUCUUCCUAAAGGAUCUCGAUCUGUUCGUCGCAGACGCGGAAGCUGCGAAUCUAAAAGCGGACGGCGCAAAGAGCCUUCACGGGGUCAUCCAAGCGGCCAUAGACAAAGGGUUUGGCGACACGGACUAUUCGGCAAUCUACGAAGGGGUUAAUCCUUGAGCGGCGUCGCAAGUUGUCAUAUAGCCAGCAUCAUUUUUGACCUUAGAACGAUCGCUACUAACAAUGCUACUCAGCAAAAAUCUAUUUAUGUGAUCAGAUACAGUCCACUUAUUCGUUUGUGGUUGAUAGGUCGAUUUGUAGAAAUGACGGCCCAAUCAUAAAGCGGAGUUUGACAAGGGAUCCCUUCCAUAAUCUUCGGUUACCGAAGGUCAAUCAACCUGAUGCAUUUCGGAAAUUGGUGCAUGCCGAGUUGCGGAGUCGACGGAUUAACCUUCUUCCGAACUCUCUAAACAAGUCCUUCAGCAAAGUCCUCGUUUCUCAGGCCCCUCAGCGCCGCAAAGUCUUACACGUUGAGAGCUAGUAGCUAAAGUGGCCGUCCACGGACCCGGCUACUUGAUGAUCAGACAUAGUUCGUAGUGUUACCAGUUCUCAAAGCACGAGUUUGAUGCACAAGUGCGUCGGUGCAGCGAUCAUAUAGGCUGUAAGGCGAUUUUGUUGAUAUUGCAG